AGGAGGAGGCUGUUGAAAGAGAGCAGGAAAACGUCGUUCUGUUCGAGGUCACCUGUGGAGAGGACAGUCCUUUGACUGCAUCUGCUUUGCGUGGAUUGGGAGAAGCACUGAAGCGAAGGGGCAAAAUUGAAGAGGCUGUGGGAAGUUUUGCUCGAUCCUACUAUAUUGAGGCUCAAAAGGAUGCCUUUGAUUUGCUGUCCAUUAUGGAGGUGCACAGCCUCCUUUUUGGAGCUCAUAUGGAGAUGGUCAAGCUCGGACGACCUCUGAAUCGAGCAAGCUUCCGUUCUUACUUGCCCACCGUUGAGAUUGCCCUUCAAAGGGUCCGGAACAUGCCGCAAGAUGCCAACGCAGGUGCAUACUACAAGGUUGCAGGUGAGUUUGCCGCGUUCGCGGAGGACUAUUUACAAGCGUCAGGCCUCUUGAAGGAGGCUCUUGACCUCUUCAAGACUGAGAGGGACGAAAAGGUGGAGGGAUUGAUCAAGCAUUGCGAAGAGCUCAAGGAGUUUUGCGAUGCCUCACUUGCACGCGGACCCCAAAAGUAAAGCCUGGACAUGCUGCAAAGCCAGCUCUCUCAACUCAGCGUAAAAAACAAAUAUGAAAGGUAUUGACAGUGAUUCAAUAUUGAUCCAUCCUUUUCGAUUGACGGCCUUCAGCAUCCAAGUUCUUUUGGCAAGAUUUCGGUCC